UGAGCAUGCGGCACUGCUUCAGCGUUUGUUGCCAUGACGCGUGUCUGCAUUCUACUUACUGGCCUGCGCCGCGUCAACGACCUCUACCAUAGCGUUGCCCCCGCCGAUCACGCGUCCACUACACCGCUGCGUGUGCAAACGGACUGCAAUACUCAAAGAUGUCUUCCAGCUCAGGCAAGGAGUCGACACCUCCUCCAUUGAUUCCCCUACGACAAGAUAGCAGUCCUGAACUCGGCAGCCCUUCGAAGAUUACUCAGUACAACAAGAAAACCGGUCGACCUAUCCGUCGAAGUGCAGGGAAGAUGAAGCCGGUUGCAGGGUAUGUCGACUCCAGGAUACUAGAAGAAGAGGACUUCAUACCGUAUGACUCCGACGACGAGCGUGAAGAAGAUGAAGGCACACCUCGUGGCCGUAGUGAGAAGCCAAAGCGCAAGCGGAAGCGGAGUCCUUCUCCGCCAUCUCCACAUCUCGAUCCCAUUAUAUACAAGCCACAGCUAGAUGAGUUGACGGACGAUGAAACUGGUGGGGCAUUCCACCGCCGCACUCCAAAGAAGCCGCCUGUCACCCUACGCUUCGAUGUUCCCCUGGGCUACCACGGUCCUCUGCUCGUCAAGUUGGACCCCGCCAUCUUGAAUCUGGGUGACGGAGAUACUACUCACUGCAUGCGUCCAUCGAAGGAGAGCAAAACAAACACCUCCGCGAUUCCAACACCUGUCGUACCAGAACGCCGCAAAGGCUUCACCGAUCUGCCUCCCGAAUUACGAAACAAGGUGUAUCGUCUCGCCUUCGUACGCGACAACACGUUCCAGAUACCUGCCUGUCGGCCUUGGGGAAAGCGCGAUCUCUGUCAGUCAGGCCAAUUUCUGAGCACGUGCAAGCUUGUUCACAAUGAAGGUUGCUCAAUUAUGUACGGCGAGAAUACGUUCGCUUUCGAGAGGCAUGAGAGUACUCGCGGGACAUUUUACGAGCAUGAGCCUAAGGAGAUUGGAUACCUUGACGCCCUCCAGUUCUUCAAGAUGAUCGGUCCGGAGAACAUACAAUACUUGCGAGACCUCAAAGUUGUCUUCAACGAUGCUCGUCCAUCCGACACUCCGCACGCAAGCUCGAAUGAGGACCGCCGCUAUAUGACAGAUGACGCCCUGAUCAACAUCCUACGAAUCCUGCGACAUGCCAAACUGCGCAAGCUGUCGCUCGCGUUCAUGGGCCGCCGUCACUUGCAGAGGUCUGACGUCAAAUUUCUCGGCUACCUGGAGCAAAUCAAGGUGGAUACACUGGAGAAGUGGGCUCAGCCGCGGUCUUACUUCUUCGAGCACAAGAUCCGCUACUCGGUGUGGCACGACUUGACAGAGCAGAUGGUCCGCAAGAAAAAGCUCUACGACACGGAGAAGUGAAUGCCCCCAGAGCGCCGCAGAUACCCCCUAGCUCAUUUACACACUGUAGAUUUUCAUGUCGACAGUUGAUGCUCUCACGACCCACCAUGUUGCGAUCUUUUUGUUCCAUGGUCCCUCUCUCGGACGAUCUGUCGAGGAGUCAAUUUGUUUUACCUAUCAUCUUUCAGCCGAAGUUUGAUGCUGGAGGUCUGCAGUCUUAUUCCGUAGAUCUGGCGUCAAGAUUGAGCAUGAUCCGAGGCGACAGGGAGAUGGCCUUUGCAGUGUAUCACAAUGGAAAGGCUCAG